AAUAAAGUGGCAAAUUUGCUCACAUGUACAUAAAGUCGCGCUAAAUCGUGCUGGUUUAACCUUUGUAAUAUGGAAGCUCGACAUAAAAAGAUUCUUCAUGUGAACAGGAUUAAAAUCGUUCAAGAUUUAGAUCCUUCUAAGAUCUACGAUGGACUGUUAUCUAGAGGCAUCUUCACCCAGGACAUGAUCGAUAAGAUAAAGAUUGCUGGAGCAAGACGUGCGCAAGCCAGGCAACUGGUAAUAGACCUUGAGAAAAGAGGGAGCAGGGCAUUUCCAGCCUUCCUAGAGUGCCUUAGAGAAACUGGACAACACGCUCUAGCAGAGCUUCUGGAGAGCCGAAGUGGAGACUCAGCUCCUGUUCCAGUUCCUCUUCCUGUGCGACCUUCUCUAAUCCCUCUCCCCAUUCGGAAUAACGAACUUUUAAGGCCAGAAAGAAAUAAUGCUUCUGAUAAUCUGGUGCCUCUUCAGCCUGUGCACAUACUGCCUACUCCAACCCCUGAGAGUGAACCUGCAAGACCGAGGCCACCUAGACAGAGGCGUGAUAGUGUACAGAGCUAUAAGAUGGAUGCCAGUCCCUGUGGAAUGUGUUUGAUUAUCAACAAUGUGGAAUUUAAUCCUGCCUCGAACCUAAAUAACCGUAAGGGGUCUGAUAUUGACUGUGAAAGGCUAGAGAAACGCUUCCAAUCCCUCAACUUUGAAGUUGUCGUAAAGAGGAACCAGAAACGUAACCAUAUUCGACAUGAACUGUCAGAACUGUCUAAGAGGGAUCAUUCCAGGUAUGACUGCUGUGUUGUAGUCAUCCUGUCACAUGGCACUGAGGCGACCCACAAUCGCUUUCCUGGAGCAGUGCAUGGUGUGGAUGGUCCCUCUGUCCCUGUACAAAUAAUCACUAACUACCUGAAUGGGCAGAAUUGUCCCUCUCUGCAGGGCAAGCCCAAACUCUUCUUUAUCCAGGCAUGUGGAGGAGGUGAAAAGGACAUCGGUUUUGAGGUCUCUCCAGACGAGGUGCAAGCCACUGUGGGUGGGAAUGAUGAGCAGCCAGACGCUAUUCCCCUGUCCUCCAGCAGUGACUCACUUAGCUUGUCUGAUGAGACAGAUGCUAGGGCUUCACUACCCACGCCCAGUGACAUCCUAGUGUCUUACUCAACCUUUCCAGGAUAUGUGUCGUGGAGGGACACACAGACUGGCUCCUGGUAUGUGGACAUUCUAGAUCGCGUGCUGGAAGUGACUGCUGACACUGAUGACCUUGCCACCAUGUUAAUGAUUGUGAACAAUGAGGUCUCACAGAUAUCUGCUAAAGGCGUGUACAAGCAGAUGCCUGGAUCUUUCAAUUUCCUCCGAAAGCUGCUUUACUUUCAGACUUCCAAGACAUGACCAGGCAAGAUGUGGAUAUGAAAGGCUUGACACACUGAAAUUAGCUUAUUUUUAAUCUGUACACAUAAACACAAGUUGUACAGUUGUGAUUUUUGUUUAUAUUUAGCUUCGUUGAACCAAUUGCAAUUCCAACUAUAAAAGUCGUGUGGUCGUGUGGAUAAUGUUAUUGAUAAAAAUGUCAAGUGGUACAACUGUACAAAUGAAGUAAACUAUUAAAAAUUGAAAGAUAAAGGCAGUUUUAAUCAGUU